AUGGAGAGGCAGUCCAGCUCCCGGUUCGGCGCGCUGGAGAAGCUCAAGAGCUUCCGGGGCAUAGAGAAGCAGAGGAGCUUCAAGUUCCUGUCCAUGGAGAAGCAGCAGAGCUUCAAGGAGAGGCGGAGCCGGGACAGCCCCGGCAAGAGGGGCGACAGCGCGCUCCACCUCGCGGCGAGGGCCGGCAAUGUCUCCCACGCCCAGAGGAUCUUCGCCGACUGCGAUCCGGAGCUGGUGGGGGAGCUGGCCGCCCACCAGAACCUGGACGGCGAGACGGCGCUCUACGUGGCCGCCGAGAAGGGGCACGUCGACGUCGUGUGCGAGAUACUCAAGGCCUGCGACGUGCAGUCAGCAGGGCUCAAGGCGGCCAACAGCUUCGAUGCCUUCCAUAUCGCUGCGAAACAGGGCCAUCUGGAUGUUCUGCAGGAGCUAUUGCAGGCAUUUCCUGCGUUAGCUAUGACGACGAGUUCUGUGAAUGCCACAGCUUUAGACACCGCCGCAACGCAGGGCCACAUUGGUAUCGUCAAUCUUCUACUGGAUACAGACGCAAGCCUUGCCAGGAUCGCAAGAAGUAACGGGAAGACAGUUUUGCAUUCGGCCGCAAGAAUGGGUCAUGUGGAGGUGGUAGCGUCGUUGUUGAAUAAAGAUCCAGAUAUUGGUUUCAGAACAGACAGGAAGGGUCAAACAGCACUGCACAUGGCUUCUAAAGGCCAGAAUGCUGAAAUUCUGCUUGAGCUAUUGAAGCCCAAUGUCUCAGUAAUCCAUUUGGAGGAUAACAAGGGGAAUAGGGCACUGCAUGUUGCAACGCGCAAGGGCAACACCGUUAUGGUUCAGACUUUAAUAUCCAUUGAAGAGAUUGAUAUCAAUGCAGUCAAUAAGGCUGGAGAGACUGCUUUUGCCAUUGCAGAGAAACAAGGCAACGAAGAGCUUGUUAACAUCCUGCGGGAGGUUGGUGGAAUAACUGCAAAAGAGCAAGUAAAUCCUCCGAAAUCAGCCAAGCAGCUUAAGCAAACAGUGAGCGAUAUCAAGCAUGACGUCCAGUCACAGAUCAAGCAAACGCGUCAGACCAAGAUGCAUGUCCACAAGAUCAAGAAGAGGAUUCAGAAGCUCCACAUUGGCGGGCUAAACAAUGCCAUCAACUCCAAUACCGUUGUCGCAGUACUUAUUGCCACGGUUGCCUUUGCAUCCAUAUUCACCGUUCCUGGUAAUUUUCUUGAGAGUAUGGACAAAGCGACUGAGCCCCAUAUGAGCUUAGGGCAAGCACUGGUAGCAAGCAGGCCAGCCUUUAUAAUCUUCCUGGUCUUCGAUUCCCUGGCUCUCUUUAUCUCGCUUGCGGUCGUCGUCGUCCAGACUUCCCUGAUUGUUGUUGAGCAGAAGGCGAAGCAGAAGAUGGUGUUUGUGAUGAACAAGUUGAUGUGGCUCGCGUGCCUCUGCAUAUCAGCAGCCUUCAUAGCGCUGACCUAUGUCGUGGUGGGCCGCAAUGACGAGUGGCUGGCCUGGUGCACGAUGGCGAUCGGCACCGUGAUUAUGCUCACCACCAUUGGUUCUAUGUGCUAUUGCAUCAUCAGCCACAGGAUGGAAGCGCAGAGCAUGAGGAGGAUCAGGAGGUCCUCCAUGAGCCAGUCAUGGUCCAUAUCAGUCGACUCGGACACGGAGCUAGACAUGACCAGCAGAAACAAGACGAUGUAUGCGCUCUAG